GGUUUUAAAAAAACCCGUUGAAAAGUGAGGGAUGGAUCGGAGCCCAGAGACGGGCCGCUUUCAACGACCCAGUUGUGCAGCUCACUGAACAAGAUGGCGUCUCUUGCUCGAACUGCUCUCCAAAGGAACAUCCAAUCUGUCAGACACUUCAGUGGCAGUCUUGCAAGGUGUCAACUGGAGCAGGCUCCUAUUAAAGUGUUUGGUGUGGAAGGCAGAUAUGCUCAUGCACUGUUUUCAGCAGCCAGCAGAAGUAAUGCACUGGAUAAGGUUGAAGGAGAAUUGAAACAAGUCCAGGAUAUGUUGAAUACAGAUGCUAAAUUAGCUGGUUAUUGUAACGACCCUACUGUAAAUAAACUGGAUAAAUUUGAUGUUAUUACCCAGGUUAUGAAAAGUCAAAAAUUUUCAGACUUAACCGUGAAUUUCAUGGGUGUAUUGGCCGAGGGCAAUCGCUUAAAAAGAGCCCAGGGUAUUAUUGGUGCUUAUGAAAAGAUUAUGAGAGCUCGUCGCGGUGAAGUAGACUGUACAGUAACAACAGCUAAACCGAUAGACGCGACAACAAUGAAAAGUUUAACUAGCACUUUACAGAAGUUCAUUAAACCAAACGAAACGUUAAAAAUUGAAACCGAUACGGAUGAUGCACUGAUCGGUGGAAUGGUAAUCAACCUAGGCGAUUAUUUUAUUGAUAUGUCGACUUCUACCAAGAUAAAAAAGAUGUCUCAAGCAUUGAAAGGCGAAUAAUUCGUUUAAUCUAGUUUUGUAUAAAUAUGUUGGUUUCAGUCCAAGAAUAAAAUGUUAAAAGUUUAAAAAAUGUACGCAAA